AUGCCGCAAUGUGCAGCACUAGGGAAGAAAGAUAAUGUUAUGAGACUCUGGAAACUUUACAAAGGUCUUCUUGACAAGGCCGAAGCUAUUAUUGAAAGGGUUAUACUGAAGGGUGCGAAACCUGAUGCAAAGUCAUGGUAUUCUUUGGCAAAAGUGCAUCCUGAUCAUGAUCAAACUGAGAAGGCAAUUGAGUUGACGAGAAAAGCAUUUUUGGCUGUGCAGCCUGGUUGGAAGACCAACACGGAUGUUUGGGCUGCCUGUCUCAACUACUUGAUAAAGAAACCUGAUCCAGAGGGUGCCAAGGAAUAUAUAAAGCUCCUCACCGAUGAGAAUGUUAUCACCGUGAUUACACAAGAGAGACUGUUGAAUAAGAUGAAUAAGACAGAUUAG